UUUCACGAAGCCUGAAUGCAGCACAACAUUAGCUAUGUAGCCGGCUAACAAUGACAAACAAUGAGUAUCUAUUGAGUAUCUCUUAUUAUUUCGUACCAUAUGGCUUUAAAUUACAGCAGCGUUAAGAUUCCGAAUUACCAACACAGUGACACUGGCUACUUUAUAGCUCGUUAAUUACGGACUAAUAUGAUUAAUUUCAAGUUACAUCACAAUACUUCUGGUAUUAUUUGCUAACGUUAGCCACCAUAGCAUGUCCGCUAGCUUAAGGAAGCGGCCCCAUUGGUUCUAUAUUGCCAUGGUUAUCUUCCUCAGCAGAGACAGAGGAUGUCUAAUGAACGAGAAGAAACACACUCAACGGCACAAUAACAGUUUCUUUGCUGCCCCCAUGUUGUGAGCUACAGCCCCUGCUGUCAGGAGAGAAAAAGAAGAAAGAAGAAGAGUUCUUUAUUAAUCCCACAAUGGGGAAAUUCAACCUCUGCAUUUAACCCAUCCUUUUUUACACACAAGUGAACACACCAUGCAAGGAGCAGUGGGCAGCACAUUACUGUGAAAAGUCAAGAUGCACUGACAGAGUCACAACAUGAUGCAAGCAUCAAUCAGAAUGGAGAAGACGGAGAAGGUUCUGGAGGAGAUAGUGGACAUGGUGGAGCAGUGCCCAGAUGGGAUCCCCCUCAAAAAGAUAGCUGUAUUCUACAACCAGGCAUACCACAAGAACCUGACUUUAUCUUUCCUGGGCUUCAACUCCAUGGCUAGCCUGGUAGCCCAUCUGGACAGGGAUCUGGUUGUGAAGGGGGAGCUGGUGUUUUCCAGGAAACAUCUCCGGGAUAGUCAGGCUCGAGCUAAAGUUGGGGCACCAGCAAAAGCUACAAAAGACAAUGAGAAGAUUGAGAAGGUUCUUAAAAACAUUGUGGCCAUGAUAAAAGAACACCCAGAUGGGAUUCCUCUGAAGAAGGUGGCUAUAGUCUACAGCCAGGAAUACCACCACAACCUGACCCUAGCCUCUUUGGGCUUCAAAACUAUUUCUUGCCUGGUAGAAUCAUUGAAGGGAGAUCUAGUUGUAAGGGGGGAAGUGGUGUUCCACAAGAUCCACCAGCAUUCAAAUCAGCCUGGGAAGCCAGCAAAAGCCUCCAGCAGACCUGCAACACCACAGACAACUGAAACACUUACUGGAAAGAACAGCCCAAGCCCAAGUGUUACAGUUCCACAGGCGGAUGUCAGCUCUCACCAUAUGCCUCCCACUCAAGCAGGAAUCAACCUUUUAGGUUCUCCUUUGAUUCCUACUGCUACAUUGUUCUCCACCCACUCUCUCCCCGUUAACCCACUCCUGACUGCAGCCAAGCCGGCUGAGAAAUUGACCCAACAGCAGCUGUACAAGAGGGUCCUAGAGGUUCUGGAUAAGAACAAGCUGACUGCUCCAUCAAUGGACCAACUACAAACCUGCUAUUUUCAACAGUUUGGCGAACAGCUUCCAAUCCAACAGUACAUGUCUCUGUAUGACAGCUGGGAAGCUAAGAAGACUCCACCUGAACCAGCAGCAGAGCCUCUGAAAGUCGUGUUGCAGACACCUGCAGUAGCACAGGAUCUUACGAGGGAGCCCACAGAAGAACAUCAGCAACUUCCUGUGUCCAACUUCCUCUCUGGCUCUGACUUUCCAGCACUGGGGGCAGACGUGAGCUCGACCAAAGAGAAGAAAAGCAAAAUUCGAGAGGCACCCAAGAGAGACGGAGGUGCUGCCGUCUUUAGAGAAGCCUAUCACGCCCAGCUGAGAGAGGUCCAUGGAGCUAAUAUGCGAGCAGUGGAGGCGAUGGAGGAGGAUGCUGAGGAACUCACAGGGAGGAGGAGGAACAGAGUCAUGGAUCAAGAUUCGGUCAACAGUCUGAUGGAAGAUGUGAUACGACAGAUAGCUGCAGAGGGAGAGCUGGUCACCAAAGAGAAGGUGAUAUCCAGGGUGUGCAGGCUGAUGCAGAUUCCCUCUUUGGAUGCAGGAAGGAUAAAACCCUGGCAUAUUCCAGCUCUAAAAGACCUUCAGUACAUCAUGAGAGAGGUCAACAUGUUCAUAGAGUCAGUGGAAGCAGUGUCAUCCAUCUGCACCCUGUAUGAGCUGGGCCAGUCGCUGGCUGCCCUGAAGGACAAGAAGCAUUAUGAAGAACUGAACCUGGGGCCCCUCUGCAAACUCCCCCUCGUCCACCGCAUGUUCAAGAUCGACGGCAACACGAAGGAUGAUGACAUCCACCAGAUCGAGACAAUUGACAUCUUAAAGCAACUUCGUGUUUUUAGAAAACAGCAGUCGAAGCCAAAAGUCGACCUGGCUGAGUUCAUGAAGUAUCUGGCCGACCACUACAACUGUGACUCUCCCUACGAGCUGGGCAUCAGGAUACACAGCGUCGGGCUGCCCAUAGCGACCUUAAUAAAGGUGUCUCGAUGUGAGCACCUCAACAUGGAGAAAGCCAGGGAGGUCAUCCAGAAAGAGCUGGAGGAGGAGACCCACGAGCGGCUCAGAAAGAUAAAGAGGAGCGUGUUAGAGCCGGUGCAAGGAGCAGGCUCCUUCUCCUCCGCAGGCAGCUUAGACCUCAGGAAAAAGUACGCUUCCAUGCCGGCAGCCGAGGUAGUGCUGGAGGUCUUCACAAACGCAAAGGGGGUGUUCAGUCCCAGGAUGGCGAAGCACAUCGAGAGCUUCCUGCUGCAGGUGUCAGGUAACCGGCUGACAACGGCUCUGUUUCAGCUGGCCAUCUGCGGAGGCUCGCUGGCUGUCCCACAGGACCUGGUGCCCAAAGAGAAGGCAUCCAACACCAGCGAACAAACGAAAACCGAGAACAAACCCACCACAAACCUCCCCAGCGAAGCCAAAGUGAAGCAGUACCUUAAGGACAGCCUGUCCUCUCAGAACACAGCCAUCACUUUGGCCCACAUGGCCUCUUUGGAGAGGAAGUUGGCCAAACACUUCCAGGUCAAAGAUUUCCUCUCUUUAGAGCAAGGCAACUUUAUGGAGUUCCUGGUGAAAAACAUUCAGCUGCUGCAGGAAACACUGGGGUCUUCUUUGAUUCUGAGCAGUGGCAGCAUGGACCUUGCCGGCAGUGGUUUCAGACCCACCAGACAAGAUGUGUUUGAGUUCAUCAAACAGUGUGGUGACAUCACGCCCACUGAUCCAGAUGAACUCUCCCACAUUGAGUCAGCACUGAGAUCCCACUACAGGGUCCGAGACAGUCGUGAUCUGGGCUACGGCACUCUGCCAAUGCUCGCUGGCCUGGUCCAACGCCAGAGGGAGCUGGCUGGAGGAGGACUGAGCCAGGUCUACUACGAGUCAGCGCUGUUUGCCAAACACAGCAAAUCAAGUGGUGACGGUGGGUGUGAGGCAGUGGGACUCCUGGGUGAGAUGUCCAAGGCCCGGGCCCUGGCCAGCUUGCUCUCCUGCCCUCUGCUGGAGGAUUUAAAUGAGUGGAGCCAAUGGGAGCUGAUCUUCAAACCCCUUCAUGGCUCCCUCAGAGAGUUCAUCGAAAGAAACGCAGCUAAUACAGGCCUGGCAGCGUUGGAGGUGACACCAGGUUUGCUCCUCAGGAUCACCACACACACAGGAGACAAACAUUUCUCCAGUGCCACGAUGACCCUCGACCCUGUUGGCACAGCUGGCCACCUUGUGUCCAUGGUGGCAGCUUAUGGGAUCGGGCAUGUUCCCAAAGACCUCCUGGCCAAUUACAUGGAGAGCUCCCUGGCAGCAGCUGUGCCUAAAGAAGAUUUGUCCCAGGCUGAGGAGGAUGUGUUAUGUUACAGCAGAGUGGCCAAAUUCCUCUUGGACUGUUUGACACGAAUCCCCACUAGAACCUGCCAGGCUCUUCUGCAGCAGGUGUUCUUGGAGCCUUUCUCUCGUGUCUUGGGCAAAGCCAAGUCCAAGCAGGUCCUGAUCGCUGUGGCCCAGUCUGAUCCGAGGCACAUGAACUGUCUGCAUCGGCUGGGCAUCCUCCUGGGGAUCACAGACUGGGUCAAAGACUACCAGAAAAAACUGAACCCACCACAGAGCCAAAACUGCAACAUGCACCCAGCACCUGUGGAACAGGCCAAGUCUAAUUUGAUAGAUUCUGAGAGCAGCAGUCUGUCAGCUCUAAAUAUGAGUGAAGACGAGUAUCUUGAGGACAACAUCAUGGACAGCAGCUUUGCUUCCUCCCAUCUCAACCAGAGUCUACAACAAGUCAACGGCGAGCAGGACGUAGUGGUUGAGGAGGGAGAGGACGGAGAGGAGCUGUAUGAGUUGACCUCUCUACCGAACGGAGAGACAUCCGACGUGAGCAGCGAAGCUGAAGGAGGCCAGGACGAGGAGCAGUCAGAAGUGUCUGAUUCUAAUGAAAAGGAUGACGCAUUAGACCUCCAGAGAACGAUCAUUGAGGACAUCAGGAAGAGCGAGUUUGGUAUUGGUGUAGAACUGACUGCUGAAGGCCAGAAGCUGCUGCGGGGCCAACAGGAGAGGCUGGGCCGCAGCUUAGACCGCCUCUCCACCGAACUCUAUAGCAAAGACACACACUUUGUCCUGGAACUCAUUCAGAAUGCUGAUGACAACAGUUACCCGUCAGAGGCUGGGGUCGUCCCAGCGCUGGCCUUUGUGGUGGAGAGAGACAGCAUCAUCAUCCUCAACAAUGAGACCGGCUUCCAGGAGAGGAACAUCAGGGCCAUCUGUGAUGUGGGCCAAAGCACCAAGGGCAAACACAAAUACGGAUACAUCGGUCAAAAGGGCAUCGGCUUUAAAUCGGUGUUUAAAGUCACAGACUGUCCUGAGAUUCACUCCAACGGCUUCCACUUGCGCUUCGACAAGAACUGUGGACCCAUGGGAUACAUUCUCCCCCACUGGGCUGAAGAUGAGAGGCCUCUGGACACGCAGCUGAAGGACAUAAAUCAGCACAGGUGGACCACUAAGAUCUCCCUCCCUCUGCGCUCAGAGAGCCAUCAGACCAGAAACCUGUUUCAUGACGUGCACCCCUCCCUGCUGCUCUUUCUGCACCGCCUGCGCUGCAUCUCCAUCUACAAUCAGAGUGAGAACCGUGUUGUGACAAUGACUCGCAAAGACCUGAGUCACAGUGUGUUAGAGGUGGAGCACACAGAGGGAACUGAGCGCUGGCUAGUGGUCAAAACUAUGCUGCAACCUAAGAAGAUCAAAGAGAAAUCAAACGUUGAGUCCACCGAGCUCGCCCUGGCUUUCCAGCUUGACAGCGGCAUCACAGAGAGUGACCUUGUGUGUCAGCCACAGAAACAACCUGUGUUUGCUUACCUGCCCCUUCGCAGCUUUGGCUUCCGUUUCAUCAUCCAAGGUGACUUUGACAUCCCUUCCUCUCGAGAAGAUGUUGACAGAGACAGCUCAUGGAACCAGUGGCUUCGCUCUGAGAUCCCACAGCUCUUCCUCCAAGCCAUGGAUGUCUUCUCUGAUCACCCCGAAUUCAAGGGGCUGAAGGGCCUCUGCCAGUUCCUGCAGUUUAUCCCCCUGCCUGAUGAGGUGUUGGACUUCUUCAAGCCUGUUGCCGGGCAGAUUAUUCAGAUGCUCAAGGGCAAGGCAUUCCUGCCUACACUCAGCUCAGAUGGCAAGGUUGUGUACAAGCUGCCGUCCCAAGUGGCCGUCUGUCAGGACGCCGUGAUCCGCAACGUUAUUGGCGCAGACGAGCUGGAAAGGCAUCUGUCUCUGUCCUAUCUCCAUCCGGGUUUGAGCCCUGCCCCACCCACCUCCCUGCUCACUCACCUAGGAGUCCGACACCUGCGGGGAUCUGAUGUUACCACGGUAACCACAGCCAUGGCUAAGGAGUUGAUGCAAGGCAUCCAUUCAGAUGGAGGCCUGCAUCAGCUGGCCAAGCUGCUGGUUUGCAACUUCCGAGCUCUGGAGCACGGCUACGGAGAGGCAGACUCCAUCUUGCAAAGCCUCAGAGAUCUACCCAUAAUCCCCCUGGCUGACGGACGUAUGGUGGCACUAAACGGGGAAGGAGUGUUUUUUCCAUUGGAGGAAACCAAGACCAAAAAACAGAAGAAAGCUCAAGCUCAGACAGGCCCUCUAUCUGCAUUGUACAAGGAUGUAAAUGUAGUUCACCCUUCUCUGCUGAGCUGUGUGGAGGCUCUGGAAAGUCAGCAGGUUCGGGAGCUGUUAAGAAGGCUUGGAGUUCACGAACUGGAGCCUCAAGAGCUGCUGGAGCAGCACAUCUACCCUUCAAUAAAGAGCAACAAAUGGAAGUCGAAGCCAGAGGCAGUGGUGGUGAGUUACUUGGUCUUCAUCAAGCUGCAUUCCUCCUCCAGUCAGGAGUACUCAGACACUGCAGUACCCGUCCUCACCAGCAGGGGUCUGCUCUGCCCAGCCAAUGAAAGAGUGCACUUCUCUGAAGAGUACGGCAACAUGAACCUGCCAGAGAAACUACCUGGCUGUGAUUGGAUCUUGCUUGAUCCCUGCUAUGUGCAGACUGACGGCGAUGUGACAGGAUGGAGAGAGCUUUUCAGCAAACUAGGAGUCAGAGAUGGGCUCAUCAUGCGCAAAGAGAGACAAACACUCACUGCUAAAGACCUGGCCUCCAGUCCCUGGGCAGCGGAAAGUGCAAUGUGGCACCAAAAUCCAGGAGAGGGCUUUGUGCUCGAUGACUACCCCUGCGAGGAGUUUCAUGCCCUGGCCACGGCCCAGCUGCCUGGCCACCUCCUCCUGAAGCAGAGAAUGGCUUUGCUGGAACUGCUGGCGACCAACUGGGACACAGGACACCACUACUCUCAGUACCUCAAAGCUCAGCUGAUUGACAGAGAUGGACAUCCACUCAAAAGUACCAAGUCCUCCUUCUACCACUUCCUGCAGCAUCUUGAAUGGGUGCCAGCAUAUCGUCCACUGGAAGGAGACAAGGAUCCAGAGAGAAAGUACCUCCGUCCAAACUCGGUGUACCUGACCUCUCCUGAGGUCACCAGCCUGCUGGGAACUCAUGUCAGUUAUGUUAACAUAGACCCCAGCGAGUUCACCAAAGCUCUAGGAAUGAGACAAAAUAUCUCAGUGGAUGCUCUGAUCAACUACCUGAAGGAGUGGUGUGUCAAACCCGAAGCAGACGACCAGGAGCAGAGACCACCAGGGGACGAGUUAGAGGGGGCAAAUUUCACUUCCACUGUUGAGCACAUCCACAACGUCUACAACUACCUGGAUAAUAACUGUCCCCAGAACACCCUGAAGGAUUUGUUCCAGCGUUACCCUGCUGUAUUCAUAGAGUACAACCGGCCAAGUGAGGGGUGGUGCUCGGGACGUUUCUACCACUUGAAGGAGGUGUGCUGGAGCGACACGACCACGCUGUUCAAGCGAUACAAACCGCUGACUCAGGCAGCAGAUAGCCCCGUCCAGCCGCCCGUAUUCCUGGCUCCAUUCUACAACCCACUGGAUGGCAUGAAAGUGUUCUUCACCCGACUGCUGAAUGUGGAUCUCGGUCCAAAUAUGAAGCAGUAUGUGGGUUUGCUGGAAGUGAUCUGUUCAUCGUCUCCCAUACCAACUGCUGAAGUGCUACAGGAUGUGUCGGUGCUCUAUGCCAGACUUGCUCAAAAGUGUAAAAUCCCAGUAUCUGGUGACCAGGAAAACAUCCCUCAGAAACUCAAUCCCAGCUACUGUUCCACCUUGAAGGGCAUGGUGUCUGAUAAGAGGGUCUUCCCCACAAAGGACAACACGUGGGUGAGUCUGGCACGCAGACCCAUGAUCGCUGACAACAAAGAGCUGGAAAAGGUCUUUAAACCUCACAAGCAGGUCUGUCUGCUCAACCUGCCACCAGCAGAGAAGACCACUCCCAAGAGCAAGACUGGCAACUUUGGACAACGAGCUAACACGGUACUUGCCUUCGAUGAGAUGGACCGGUUUUUGUUCAUGGAGAUCUGCGGGAUCCGUCAGCUGACCCAGUGUGUCAAGACCGAGCCUCAGACUGAGAGCCUGAGACCCUGUCCGUCCAUGCAGAAAAUGGUGCACUUUGUGAUACCCUACAUCCAGAGGUUCCUGUACCACCACGAUGAGCUGGCUGAAGUCUAUUCAGAGCUGAUUGACAACAACAUCGGAGAGAAAAUCAAGCGACUUUACUUCGGACAGGUGGGUAAGCUGUACAUUCGCUACCAGCUGGAUGUUGCAGACAGUGAGGAUGCGCUGGUGGAGCUGCAGGAUGUUAUCUGUCUGCUGAAGGACGAGAAGGAGCUCUACAUCCAGAAAGAUCACCUCCAUGCCAGGCUGGACAUCUGCAGGGAGCUGGUGAAACUGUUCUGCACAGAGAGCAGCCACAGAAAAGAGCUGAUGCAUUUCCUGAGUGGCCUGAUAACCUCUGUCGAUGACGCAGCAUCUCUGAAGAGAUUCUUAGGCAAGGAGGACAUCAGAGAGCUGCCCAGUGAGGAGGAGCUGUGGGAGGUCCCAGAGCCGCCCAAACCAGAGAAUAACCUGGAGAGAGUUCUAUCCAGGAGUUACUCCUCCAUGAGCUCCCAGGAGGAGCCUCCUCGCCCACAGGACGGGGAAGAGACGCUGGUCUGCUGGCCUCCCCGAGCAUCUCUACUGAAUACAGGAGCCAGUCGCACAGGUCAGGCAGAUAGCAGUGUGGUAGACGCCGUGAUGAAGAUGUGGCCCCCUCCAGCUGGGCCUAAAGACAGAGACCCAGAAAAGGACGCCGUCAACAGAGGAAGCGGCCAUGUCCCAGUUCCCCAGAGUCCCAGCAGCAGCUACGAGGGCAGCCAGCCAAUCAGGAGCAGCAGCAGACUGACAGAGCAGCCCGGACUUCAGAGAGUCCUCAGCAACCCUGCAGCUACGCCACGGCCUCCAGAGCACAGUCAACAGAGUGGAACCAGCAAGUGUGACAGAGCUGAGAAUGGAGAGGAGAGUCUCACAGCUCCCAGACCAGCAGCCAGUCCUCCAUCUGCACAGCCUGCUGAGACGACCAGCGACCAGCCUGCUCCAGACAGCCUAGCCGUCCCUGAGGCUGUGGUGCUCUCCGGUACGUUUCAGGGGGCUGCAGAGACUCCGCGUCCUCCUCUGAACCUCGUCUGGAACAAAGCCCAGCCUCCACAGCCCACACUGGAGGACAUGGAGCUCACCUGCCAGAGACCCAGCACCGUGGUGAUAUCAGAGGACCAGAUGGACGUGGCAGAGAUCGGCGAGUGGGGGGAGCAGCUGGUCGACUCCUUCCUGUGCCACUGGAGAGACAGCGGCGACCCGGGGCGACCCACUGACGUCCUGUGGUGCAACCGGAGCGGAGAGAGCGGCCAGCCGUACGACUUCAAGCUGACUUUCGCAGGAGGGCCGGGGGUGGUGUACGUGGAAGUGAAGUCAACGAUAAAGAAAGAGAAGUCGUUCAUCCACAUGUCUGCUAACGAGCUGGACUUUGCACUGAAGGAGAAGGAGCGAUAUCACGUCUUCAGAGUGUACAGCGCAGGAGACGCCCAGAACGUCCGUCUGUGUCGCAUUCAGAAUCUGGCACAGCAUCUCCACACCAAAGACCUGGCUCUCUAUCUGUUUGUAUAAGUCCUUUGUAAGUUUGUGGAGAUAUUUGCACUAUUCCUACACACACCACAAUGACGUAUAUUCUUAAAUCUGCCUUUUUAAGUUGUUCCUAACUGCACUGAUUUCAGUUGUUUUAAAUGUGCCCAUUUUGCCUGCUAAUGAGAAAUAAUUCACAUUCCUUUUUUAUUUUUCCUCAAAUAAACUACACUGUUUUUAGUAUGUGUACAAUUUUAAAGUGGUCAUUUGACAUACUGAAUGUUUCUACCUUUUUAAAUUCCCCCUACCUCAGUUUUACUCUCGCAUUCCUUUGGAAUAAAAUCUUUUUCUGUCAACUGAA